AUGUCUCCAACCUCGACCCCACAGCCUGCCCAGGAACCAACGGGCUCCAAUACCGAAGCCAGGAUGAGAAAGGGAGAUCCUGUCCACAUCCACGAACCAUACAAGGAUGAAGAAGAGCAUCCCGAUGCACCACUACCCCAGAGUUCCAAAUCGAAUGCGAAAUACUCCGAUCUUCCAGAAAAUGACCACGAAUCUAAUGACCAAGAACAUGAUGCAUACACCUGCCACAGCAGUACAAGCCAAAGCGACCUUGAAACCCAAAACCAAGCCCUCGCCCAGUCCGAACCUCGUCCCAUCGACGAAGAUGAAGAUGAAGAUGACGAACAUGUCUAUUCACCCGCGGACCGACCCCGCCAUGCGUGGCAGGUCCUCUGGCUAAAGAACAAAGGCAUGGCUCUCGUCUUACUAGCCCAGAUGUUCGGCGCUUCCAUGAAUGUCAUGACGCAGAUCCUCGAGAUCCAUAGUGCCAUGCAUCCAUUCCAGGUCCUCUUCGCCAGAAUGUCCAUCACUGCCCUGGCAAGCUACAUCUACAUGUACUACGCCUCAGUCCCGCACCCGCUAGGCACCAAGCCCGUGCGACCACUGCUCCUCCUCCGAGCGAGCAGCGGCUUCAUGGGUGUCUACGGACUAUACUAUUCCGUGCAGUACCUGCCGCUGUCCGAAGCGACGGUGAUCACCUUCCUCGCGCCCAUCAUGACCUGCUAUGCCUGUUCGCUGCUCAUCCCCGGUGAGACGUUCUCGCGGCGCCAGCAGGCUGCGGCGCUGGUGUCGCUUGCUGGCGUGGUGCUGAUCGCCAGGCCGUUUGGGAAGCGCGUCAAGGUUGAUUCGGUGCCGACUGCUGUGUCGGUUUGGGCUAUGGGGCUGAAUGGUGGGUCGGAGGAGACGCCUGGCGACGCGGAUGCUUAUCACCAUGUUCUGGCGACGGUUGUUGCCUUUGUGGGCGUUGUGGGUGCCGCUGGUGCGUAUACUUCGAUUCGGAUGAUUGGGAAACGGGCGCAUCCGCUUGUUUCGGUGACUUAUUUCUCGUCUGUUACGACGGUCAUUUCGUUUUUGGCCAUGGCUUUUGUGCCUGGUGUGCCGUUCCGAUUGCCCGGCUCGGUGGUCGAGUGGUCGUUGUUGACGGGGUUGGGGGUUUGUGGGUUUUUGUUGCAGUUUUUGUUGACGGCGGGUUUGUCGUAUGUGCCUCCUGCCUCGGUUUCCGGCGGGAAGGUUGUUGGGCAGGGGUCCAAGGCUACUUCGAUGGUUUAUAUGCAGAUGCUGUUUGCGCUGUUUUACGAUAAAGUUGUGUGGGGCGUGACGAUGUCUGGGGUUAGUUGGAUUGGAUCGGGAUUGAUUCUAAUUUGUGCCGUUUACGUGGCUGUCGAGGGUGGAAAGAGUCCGUCGAUUCCAGCGCAAAGUGACGGAAGUGGACGUGGAUCUCGGGAUGUUGAGGGGUUCAAGGACGCCACCGAGGAGACGCAUUGA